AUGACGAAACCGACGCAGAGGAAGAAGCAACAAGACAGGGACGGCAUCGUGCUGGGCGCGGACACCAGGGCGACCGAGGGCAUGGUGGUGGCCGACAAGAACUGCUCCAAGAUACACUUCAUCGCGCCCAACAUCUAUUGUUGCGGUGCUGGGACAGCUGCAGAUACCGACAUGACCACUCAGCUGAUUUCCUCCAAUCUGGAGCUCCAUUCGCUGUCUACUGGCCGGCUCCCAAGGGUUGCCACGGCUAAUCGGAUGCUAAAGCAAAUGCUUUUCAGGUACCAAGGCUACAUUGGUGCUGCCCUGGUUUUAGGAGGAGUAGAUGUCACUGGACCUCACCUCUACAGCAUUUAUCCCCAUGGAUCAACUGAUAAAUUGCCUUAUGUUACCAUGGGUUCUGGAUCACUAGCAGCUAUGGCAGUGUUUGAAGAUAUACAAACCAGACAUGGAGCCAAACAGCUUGUGAGGAAUGCCAUUGCAGCUGGCAUAUACAAUGAUCUGGGCUCUGGCAGCAACAUCGAUCUCUGUGUGAUAAGCAAGAACAAGUUGGAUUUCCUCCGUCCAUACGAUGUGGCCAACAAAAAAGGGGAAAGGUUCGGCAGAUACAAGUGUGAAAAAGGAACUACUGCUGUUCUCACUGAAAACGUGGCACUCCUGGAAAUGGAGGUGGUGGAUGAAACUGUACAAACCAUGGACACUUCCUGAACUGUUCUGUGCUUUGCUUAUGUUACUAGAGCCCAGCAUUAGCCACACUUCAGUUUUAGAAGCCUUCCUCUGUGAAGAAAAAUAU